UCCCAAGGCCUGCUGGGACGGCGUCACCUCCGUUCUAACUUGUGGCGGGAGUUGGACUCCCUCGUCCGCGGCUGACGCCGAAAGAAUGUCUCAGGACGACGAUGUAGAGGCGAACCGGGUCGUGCUGGAGGAAUUCAGCAGCUGGUCUCGGGAGGACUGCCGCCGGAAACUGCCAUCGGCGCUGCCCCGGCUGCUCAUAUCCUUGGAGGACGCUGUGGGGCGGGCCGCGGCAAGCCUUCGUCCUGCCUUACCCAAGCGGGCGGCGUGUGGCCGGGCUCGAACCCUAUUCCUUUACGGGGUGGCGGUGGAGGGAGCGAGGACAACAGUGGGUGCAGGGCCGAGGCCCGCCUGGUAUGGUCGGACGAUUGCGACCGGAACUUUUGAAGACGACUGGCGUUCUCCUGCCUUAGUUUGUCCCUUCGUUUUUCCAUAGGCCGUUCUUGCUGCCAAGUAGGGGAGAUGCCAGGCCUGGGCUCCACGGCCCGCGCUGGCGCUCGGUAUCUGAAGUGUGAGAAGUGAAGGGUGUAGUUGUGGUUAUUCUGUGGGACCACAUCUUACAAAAAUGCUUUCUCCUUUCCAGCCUCUGUUUCCUUUUUAGUUAGAAAGCGUUGCCUCAGGUUUUGGUUUACAUCGCGAUGGAAUUGCGUGCUGUCCGGAGCAAAUGAUAAUUAGUGUCAUGCUUUGUGUUUGUAAUUGUAUCUGGAAAUCGACCCCCUUCAUGUUAAACGGUGAUUUUAGUAUUAUGUCUUUGAUUCCACGUUAUAUAUAAAAUCACACCCCCCCCCCCCCCACAAACCCCUCCAAAACCAAAAAACCAUCACUUUCUCUAGAGUGCAAACCCUGCACGAAUGAUGUUUCACAAUCAAUAUAACUUAAGUAUGUGUAGCACGUUGCAGUCAUUCAUUAGAGCUUAGGAAAAAUCCAGUGUGGUACCAGUGUCUGGUUUUUUAUACUCCUUGUGCAGAUACGGAGUCUUUGCUUUUUAGGUAAGGUCUUGCUAUGUAGCCCUGGCUAGUCUGGUACUAGCUAUACAAAACAGGUUUGUCUUGAGUUUGCAAUGAUCCUGUGUCUGCUGGAAUUAUAUGUGUGCCAGCCUGGAAGGAAUUUGGAAUUUCCUCCUGGAAACAGUUGUUUUCCUACUCAAAGACAUUUAUUUAUGUAAUGUGUGUCUGGUAUAAUGCUAGGCUUAGAGUGAAUGACGAUGCGAUGUUUUUCUCCCCUCAAACUUAUAGGCACCUUCACUAAAUUCAAAGCACCAUUUCUACCUUACCUUGCUACCUACUAAGAACUCAGAUCUCAUUUCCAGGUUUUCUUCUCAUUCUGAGAGUUGGAUUGAACAUAUACGAAUUUUGAAAAUCAUUACUGAUAUGUUUUUGCCUCAUGUGAAUCACCUGACACUGGAACAGAGUGUCUUUUCCCAAAUUUUACCAAAGACUAUAAAAUUGUUUGAUGGAAUGAUAUAUGAAUUAACCACUCAAGCCACAGAACUCUCAAGCCAAAAUUUAGAAAUCCAGAUCACCCUAAGAAAUAUUUUACAAACAAUGGCGCAGAUCUUAGGAGGCCUUACAGGAUUUGUUCAUCAUGUAUGUACCACACAGGAAUCAGUCAUUCUAGAAUAUAUUCAUAGUCUUCCCUCAUCCAUCCUGCAUAUAAUUAAAAAGACAUUUGUACAUUGUAAGAAUAGUGAGUCUCUGUAUUCUGGGCGCUUACACCUACUGUCAGACCUUCUCCAGGGUCUUUUCAGGGAGGCCUAUUCUCUCCAGAAGAAGCUGAUGGAACUGCUGGACAUGGUCUGCAUGGGCCCUUCAGUAGAUGAAAAUAACAUUUUGUUGAUGGUGGAAGUUAUUCAUUCCUUAUUGGAUGUCUGCUCUGUUAUCUCCAGUAUGGACCAAGCAUUUCAUGCCAAUACAUGGAAGUUUAUAAUUAAGCAGAGCCUUAAACAUCAGUCGGUUAUAAAGAGCCAGUUGAAACACAAGGAAAUUAUUUCUAGCUUGUGUGAAGACAUUGUUUUCUCCUUCCAUUCCUGUUUACAGUUAGCUGAGCAGAUGGUACAGCCGGCUGCACAGGAUAAUGCUGACUACAGAAUAUUUCAGAAAACACUCAAAUUGUGUCGUUUCUUUGCUAAUUCCCUUUUGCACUACACUAAGGAAUUUCUUCCUUUCCUGUCUGAUUCUUGCUGUAUUUUGCACCAGCUUUAUCUUCAGAUAUACAGCAAGUUUCCCCCAAACCUAUGUGCUGCCAGGAUUUCCAAAGCACAGCAGAAGGAGAUAGCAGGCACUUUCCUUGUGGUACUGGACCCACUCAUCAGUCAGCUGCUCACAUCCCAGCCUUUCGUGCAGGCAGUUCUGGAUAGUAAACUAGACCUGCCCUGUGAACUGCAGCUCCCACAAGUCCUACUCCUGAUUGUUGUUGCGGAUAAACUGCCCUCUCAGCCUAAGGAUGUACAGACCCUGUGGUGCACAGAAGCUACGGCUAGGGUGUCCCUAAUCAAAGCUGUUUUCUACAAUUUUGAGCGGUGUUCUGGUGAACUCUCUCUGACUGCUCCUUUACAGGGAGUAAAGGAUAACGGGCAAGCUGAGGUCACUUUGUAUCAGCACGCUUGUGUUCAUCUGUGUGCGUUUGUGGCUUCUUUUCAUCCCUCACUGUUUCCAGAGCUGGAUGCUGCUCUGUUGAAUGCUGUGCUUAGUACUAAUAUGACCACCUCAUUGUUAGCGAUGGAUGUGUGGUGUUUCCUUGCUCGAUAUGGAACAGCUGAACUUUGUAUGCAUCAUGUCACCUUAGUGGCUCAUCUGAUAAAAUCUUGCCCUGGAGAGUGUAUUCAGCUUACCAACCUGACAUUACUGUUGAGGCGUCUCUUUUUCUUCAUGACCCCACCCCAUCAGGUGGAAUUUAUCCGGAGAUUUUCUCCAAAAGAAGCUGACAACUUGCCUCUGUGGCAGUGUAUUUCUUUCCAGUCAUUGUCUGCUGAUCUUAGGAAACAAGCUGCGUGUGAAGUGAUCAGAGUAUGCACAGCACAGUGCAUAAAAUGGUUGAGCAGCAGUCAUACUUUGUCAGAACUUGACUAUCUGAACACAGCACUCUCUGCUUUGCUUACCGUAUGUAGUUCUGCUGGUGAUGCUUUGGAUAUUAGACAGCAAACUUCAGUUACUGAAGUUGUGAGUCAGCUUUGGGCUUUUAUAAACAUUCAACAAGUAAUCAGUCAACCCUAUGUUCAACAGGCAUUUAGCCUUUUACUUCAACUACUGGCAUUUUUCAUCCAAACUGUAGAUCCACAGCUGAUAAGUCAGGUAGUAACUUUACUGACCUCAUUACUUAAAUUAGAGCCUCCCGACCAUGUCUCUCUGGCAGCGCUGGAUUUCAUAUCUUCUCUGGGCAGACUUUUUAUACCUCAGGCUAUCCAGGACAAAGUGCUGCCCAACCUGUCUUGUAUUUUUGCUUUACUGUUAGCCAGCAAGAAUUGGCUGCUAGAGCAACAUACGUUGGAGGCAUUUACUCAGUUUGCUGAGGGAACAAAUCACGAGGAGAUAGUUCCACAGUGUCUCAAUUCUGAAGAAAUCAAGAACAAAGUUGUAGCCUUUUUGGAGAAGACAGGACUUGUAGAUGAAACUGAAGCUGCCAUAGUGGACCAUGUGAAACAGGAGAAAGGCACUUUCUGGGAACUCGCUGCUAAGGUGACUACUGUAGGAGAAGCAAAUGGGUUGGCUCUACAGCCUUGUACAAAAAGAGCCCGGCAUGAGUUGCCCUUCGAAGAAGAGUAUAGGUUAGCAUUUCAAGCAGCAGCAGGGGCUUUGGAGACAACGGAGAUGUUACUCCAGCAGGCCCCCGCUCCAGACUGGCUGCUAGUGGAACUGGAGGCACUGCAAGGAAAGAUUGAGAAGCUAAAAUGCUGUGUACCUGAGGGUAUAUGAACGGACUCUCUUGGUCGACAGAA